GUCGGCAGGGAGUCCACCAUAUUCGCACAAACUUCAUCGAUGCUUAUUUGAUGCUCGCUCACGAGGCGCGCGUACUCGACCAAGCCCCUUCCCUGAACUCAGUAAGUGCUGCUGAAUAACCGUUUUUUUUACAGUACUCUCCUAUACAAAUCACAACUAAGUCAGUGCUGAGCUGUUUCAUAUAUAGAAAAGGGAUUUACCUUAUUGAUACUGUUUAUACAUAAAGUUAGGUUUUGCACUGUGAUGCCACUUCACUUGUAGUUGGAAAAUUACUCACCACAGCGGUUUACAUUGAGUAAUUUUUAAAGCAAUUAAGCUAAUUGAAACCUUAAAUCAUAAAGUUUUAAAAGCCAGUUAGUUUCGUUUCCAUAUACAAAAACUAAAACAGCGUUAAAUCCAAACAUACUGGAAUUUACAGCUGACACAAUGUCGCCCUCUGUGGGUUUCAAUUUUCUACCGAGUCAGACAUUUUCUCUAUGAGAAAAAGCUGCACUCUGAUUGGCUGUUUCCUUUCACGCUUUAGAUUUGAUGCCUUCAAGGACGGUCGGAUUUACAACAGUUUCUGAACGAAUGCGAAAAAAUGAGGGGUCGUCUUCAACUCUGUGGCAAAAAUGAAUAAAAACUCUUUACUCAAAAGUCCAGACCUUGUACGUGAAUUUUUUUGGAAUGGUUUAUACUUACAAAAACUUAGAUAUCUAAAUUACGUUAUUUUUUCUGAAAACCAUUUGGUUUCCAUUAAAAUAUAUAGCACAUUUGCCUAUUUUAUGUAUUUUUAAUCGUAAAAUAAUAUCAUUAAGUUUUGUAAAAACAAUUAUGUAUCUGAGUCUAAGUCACGUUGCUGUAAGAAAUAAAAUAAAACAAAUCCGUAACUUCUUUCAACGGAUUCCUGAAUGAGACCAUGAAAGCAGCAUCACCAUCGAUUAUUGCGAUUCCCUUCGAGCAUCCCCACAUAACACCGGGCUCGCGGGAGACAGCGGUGUUAUUGUAUGUUUCAGGGAGCCGAGCGUCAACAACAUGACCAUUAAAAAUGCUCUCCGGGAUCAUGGACAGAGGUACCGACCACGGAUGGCUUGCCUCAAAAAGGCGGAGAAGAUGCUGCUGGAAAUGCAGGAUCCCUGCACUGGAGUCAAGUCGCAGCCUCAGAGGCUGGUCAUAACGACUAUACCGCAUGCUAUCACCGGGGAAGACAUAAUUGCUUGGUUAGCAGACAGAUUGCAAAUUGACACACAAGAGGCCAAGAAUUUGGGUUCUAUGUUGGUGGCGUUAGGAUACAUCUACCCUCUACAAGACCACAAACGCUUGUUGAUCAAACCAGAUGCAUCCCUGUAUCGUUUUCAGACUCCAUAUUUCUGGCCCACACAGCUGUGGCCUGUUGAGGAUACAGAUUAUGCGAUUUAUCUUGCAAAAAGAAACAUAAGAAAGAAGGGAAUCCUGGAGCUGCACGAGCAGGAGCAGUACAACCGCCUUCACAAGUGGAUGAAUCAUAAAUGGGAUUUUAUAGUGAUGCAAGCCAAGGAGCAGUACAGAGCUGCAAAAGAGAGGAAGAAACCGGACCGAGUGGUGUUUGACUGUCAGGAGAGAGCAUACUGGGUAGUUCACAGGCCUCCGCCGGGGACGGUGAGCGCCAUGGACUAUGGGCUGGAGCGACAAGCAGAUCCCAAUGCAGAGGAGACAAAAACCCCUGACCACUAUGAGAGAAUUAUGAUCUUUACCCAACAGUCAAUCAUGAGGCCCAGAGUGAAGUCAUCUGUGUCCAUUGGCGCAUUGGUAAAGUAUUGUGCUACGUAUACAGGUCACGAUCCCUUCCUCUCUAGAUCUCUCCCAAGUAACCCCUGGCUCACUGACGACACCACAUUCUGGAAUCUCAACAUGCCUAAUGUGGAAAUACCUACAAAGAUGCGUGUGGAGAGGUGGACCUUCAACUUUAGCGAGCUGCUCGCAGACCCACGAGGACGAGAUGAUUUCAGACUCUUCCUUAAGAAGGAGUUUAGUGGUGAGAACUUGGCAUUCUGGGAAAGUUGUGAGGAUCUGAAGUGGGGCACUGCAGCUACAAUGAAGGAGAAGGCAGAACAGAUUUACAAGACAUUCCUGGCACGUGGAGCUCCACGGUGGAUCAACAUUGAUGGGAAGACCAUGGAGAUCACCGUGAAGGGGCUCAAACACCCACACAGAUAUGUUCUGGAUGCAGCACAAACUCAUAUCUACAUGCUCAUGAAGAAGGACUCAUAUGGCCGUUAUCUAAAAUCUCCAGUGUUUAAGGACACGGUGAAAAAAGCCAUUUGUCCUGAUGAGCACAGGUUCAGUGUGUCCCAGCUGGAGCAGAACGCCAGGAACAGACGGCCCAGUCUCAGCCCCAUCAUCAUACGGCAGCAGGAGCAGGAGCAGAAGGCCAAGAUGGCUGCCAAUGCCCCCGUUGACAUCACACAGCUGUGCCGCUUCACCACCCCUCUUCCCCACCUUGCUGUGUACUCUGGUAUCACCGACACCCCUUUAGCCAACACGUCGCCCCCUCUCCCCUUCCUGACCCGUUCCCCGGCCUGUCCAUCCCCCAUUAGCGUGGCUUUAGACAACACCUCCGCCUCUGAGCGCCGGCCAGAGACCAGUGAUGGAGAUGGAGACAGAAACUCUGAGGCCCCGGCCCCUGCAGGGGGAAAGUCUCGAGUGGCCUUGUCUCUGCGCCGCCUGUUGAAGCGCGGCUGCAGCCCUUCAGCCAUGUUUGCAAGCUUGUCGCCUAAAUGUCAUGCAGCUGCAGGGACGAGCAGCCGCAUUCAGCCAAUCACCCCUGAUGAACCCAGCCAGGCUCCCUCCAGGAAUAUUGGCAAUUUUUUCCAGAUCAGGGUAGAUAUUCCUCCGGAGUGCCGGAUCUACCCCAUCGAGUCAGAGGACGAAGAGGAGGACAACAGGCCUCCCUCUGGAAGGCUAAUGCGGCCUGAGGAGAUCAUCUGCCCCUGGGAGAGCCUCACUCCUCAGAAUGGAAAGCAGAGCUAACAUGCUGAGUUUACGCAGAUGGAACACAGCGGGGCGCUAACAUGUAACAUAACAUACCAAACAACGUGUGGAAUGACUCACAGCUCUCACUUUGGUUCAAAAGGGUGCAAGAAAUCACACAUUUGCUUUUUUAAGUCCUGCACAUCUGUUCGCCUGUUGCAGAAUUAUACUUCAGUUUUUUCCCCUGUAUUUGUAAAACCAAUCAAUUUCUUAAAAAUGGUCAAACUUUGUUUACUUUUUUUACCAGAGACAGGGAAAAGAAGAAAGAAUUACGCUGUUUUUGCCGACUUGAACUCCACAUCUGUCUGAAGGUUUGGUUUGGAUGAGGGUCACUAAAAGUGCAAAACAGGGUUGAAUAAAGCUCAGGUGCUUUCACAUUUGAAACUGUAGCCUUUCUGUGAAAACCUCACUCUGUUUCUAUUCAGAUAUGGUAGCUCAUCUGCAGCCUUAAUCAGCUGACGUUUCAAAAAGGUGCCCAAGCUAAUGAGAUGUGAUGACAAACGCGAUAAAUGCAAAGAGAAAAGUAAGGACGGGGUUCUUUUUGAGUAAAUUCUACCACAAUUUAAGAUUGUUUCAAACCAAAGCACACAUGAAAUCACAGAUAUGGCUGUUUGAUAUCUUGUAUAUCUGUAUAUGAACUAAAGCGGAUAAGUGUUCUUGUGCCGUAGACUUAGAUGCCUCCUCGUCACUGAUCUUACCUCUCAAAUGACUGAAUAAAUGCCUUUUUGGAAAGAGGAGAGCUCUUGAGCAGCUUUAGAUACACACUAUUAUUACUGCGGUGACAUUUUGUACUUGUAGCUGUUGUUUACUUUGCACUGCUCACAUUGAGGUGUUGCUGUUUCCCCUCACUGGUCCCUCCUAAGUGACAGAAUGUAUUACCAUGUUUACAGAUGCAAAAAUGUGAUUAACACCGUAACUUUUCUGUAUUUGAAAUGUACAGUCUAUGGCUUAUGUCAAGUGCCUCAGUAAAAAGUGUCUUUAUAACUCUGUUUUGUGCUCUUAUUACACUGAAAUGCUUCAACUUCUGACGAAAAAAAAAAAA